AUGUGUCGCUGUAGUGCUCCCAGCUACUUCACUAUCCUUCCUCUCCCCUGUCGCGUGUCUUUCCAUCUCUCUACUUCCUAUGCCAACCUGCUUGCAGGCACCGGCUCGCGCUUUGCAUCCCCGCAAGGCAACACUCAAACCCUACCGCACCGUCCUAACCACCGCUUCACAUCAGGCCUUAUAAUCGCCGCAUCCGUUAUUGUCGCCGCCGGUAUCGCCAUCUAUGAAUCUCCUCAAGUUAGACAAUGGGCCGACCAGACCCGUCGCAAAAUCGCUGUCGCGUUGCAUAACCUAGGCGAUGACAUUCAGCCUCGCCGCCCGAGCGAAUCGUCCGAUGACUUCGACGCAAGGAAGAAAAGAAGGGAGGAGUUGGUCAGGAGGAACAGGAAUGAACUGAUCAGGCAGGCAAGAGAACAGGGUAUCGCUGUUGAUUUGGACGAACUGGCUAGGAUUGGUGUUGAGACCGCCGAGGUAGCUGCAAGGAGGUCGAGGGCUGAUCGUACGAGAAGCUUCGACGACAUGGUUGGCAGUGAUGGCAUGCUCAGGGACAACGCGACGGCAACCGGUACGGAAAACUCAAAUGGCAACCUCAAGAAGCGCGGUGCUGCUGGCUUUGCCGCCGGCUCUGCCGCCGCUGCUGCCAUGGCGAACCCCUUCUCCGACGACCAAGUACUUUUCGACCAUGAUUACGACGAAGAUGCACCCGCACCAAAGCCAUUUACCUACGAAGAACCUGCCACUCGCGAAAGCUCUGCUACCAUUCAGCCCGAUGUCGUCUCAACACCUACCACUGGCACACUCGUCGACCUAACACCCGAUCCCGAGACUUCCGUCCCCGAGAGCCCUUCACCCGCACAGCCCGUACAGACCACACAAGAGGAUGCCGACCAAGCUGCUCAGUCUUUCUAUUCUUUCACAUCCUCUACCUCGCAAACAGGUGAACCUGCUCCAUCUCACCCCUUCUUCGAUGACGACGCUGAGCACCUCUCUACCGGAAAUCUGACGCCUCGCUCCGAGCGCUCAAUGACCAUGAGUGCUGCCUCUGUCGCCGACAGUCAAGCCAACGAUGUCGCUAUCCUUAGUAUGCCGAAUAGCGAACAGAACGACACAGACCACGAUGCCCGUUCAGAAAGUGGGUUCACAGAUGCCUUCUCUGAGGGCGGCUUCAGCGAGUUCGACAACGAUAGGCAGGGUAUCAUGACGCCUACUUCAUGGACAGAUGUUGGCAGUGACGAUGAUAGCGAGUGGGGUGGUGCCGGACAGGCUGGCCACGUGAGCCAGAUACAUCAGUAG